AUGUUAAUGGUGGUGGCGAUGGUGGUAGUGGUUGUGGAAAUGAUGAUGUUGCUGGUGUUGGUGGUUAUGGUGCUGGGGAUGAUGGUGAUGGUGAAGGUGGUUUUGAAGGUGACGGUUGUGGUGGUGAUGGUGAUGAUGGUGUUUGUAAUGAUCAACGCGGGAGAUCAGUCUCCACUGGAACCAUCAGUUGCUCGUGGUGCAAGUGUCGAACUUGUGCUUGUGGGCAGUGGUAAUGUAGAAGCAUCAGUUGCUCGUGGAGCAAGUGUCGAACUUACGCUUGAGGGCAGUGGUUAUGUAGAACCAUUAGUUGCUCGUGGUGCAAUUGUCGAACUUGUGCUUGUGGGCAGUGGUAAUGAAGAAGCAUCAAUUGUUCAUGGUGCAAGUGUCGAACUUAUGCUUGUGGGCAGUGGUAAUUUAGAAGCAUUAUUUGCUCGUGGUGCAAGUGUCGAACUUGUGCUUGUGGGCAGUGGUAAUGUAGAACCAUCAGUUGCUCGUGGUGCAAGUGCCGCGCGUGUGCUCGUGGGCAGUGGUAAUGUAGAACCAUUAGUUGCUCGUGGUGCAAGUGUCGAACUUGUGCCCGUGGGCAGUGCUAAUGUAGAACCAUCAGUUGCUCGUGGUGCAAGUGUUCAAAUUGUUCUUGUGGGCAGUGGUAAUGUAGAACCAUCAGUUGCUCGUGGUGCAAGUGUCGAAGUUGUGCUUGUGAGCAGCAGUGGUAAUGUAGAACCAUUAGUUGCUCGUGGUGCAAGUGUCGAACUUGUGCUUGUGAGCAGUGGUAAUGUAGAAGCAUCAGUUGCUCGUGGUGCAAGUAUCGAACUUGUGCUCGGCAGUGGUAAUGUAGAACCAUUAGUUGCUCUUGGUGCAAGUGUCGAGCUUGUGCUUGUGGGAAGUGCUAAUGUAGAACCAUUAGUUUCUUGUGGUGCAAGUGUCGAACUUGUGCUUGUGGGCAGUGGUAAUGUAAAAGCAUCAGUUUCUCGUGGUGCAAGUGUCGAACUUGUGCUUGUGGGCAGUGGUAAUGUAGAACCAUUAGUUGCUCGUGGUGCAAGUGUCGAACUUGUGCUCGUGGGCAGUGGUAAUAUAGAACCAUUAGUUGCUCCUUUUGCAUGUGUCGAACUUUUGCUUGUGGGCAGUGGUAAUAUAGAAGCAUCAGUUGCUCGUGGUGCAAGUGUCGAACUUGUGCUAGUGGGCAGUGGUAAUGUAGAACCAUUCGUUUCUCGUGGUGCAAGUGUCGAACUUGUGGUUGUGGGCAGUGGUAAUGUAGAACCAUUAGUUGCUCGUGGUGCAAGUGUCGAACUUGUGCUUGUGGGCAGUGGUAAUGUAGAACCAUAA